AUGGGCAGCCAGGGCUCCAAGGCGGCGGGCGGCGACCCCGACACGGCCAAAGCCAACGGGCAGGAGAACGGCCAUGUGAUCUACAACGGGGACAUGACGCCCAAAGUGGGGGUCGAGGUGGCCCCCCAGAACGGGAACGGCUCGGCGGAAUCCCCAAAAGAGGAGCUCGAAGGCGAAGCGAGCGGUGCUGACACCAUCGAGCCCGCCCCGGCCGCCACCGACGGCGGCGACCCCAAAACCGAAGGGGCCGCGGCCGCUAAGGACGCCCCUAAAAAGAAGAAGAAAUUCUCGUUCAAGAAAUCCUUCAAGCUGAGCGGGAUCUCCUUUCGGAAGAACAAGAAGGAAGCCGGGGACUCCUCUGGCUCCUCGCCCACGGAGGAGCAGGGCAAGAACGAGGAGACCCCGGCGGGGGGGCCGCAACCCUCGGCUCCCCCCGAGGAGGAACCGGCGGAGGAGCAGGGCGGCCCCGGGGCUGAGCCCGAGGAUGGAGGAGAAGCCGCCGGGAGCCACGAGGAGGAGAAGCAGCAACAACAACAGCAGCAGGGAGGGGAGAGCCCGGGAGCCGCGGGCAAACCCGAGGAAGCCUCGAAAACCGCGGGGCAGGAGCCCACAACGAGCCCGGAGCAGAAGGAAGAGUAGAGACCGCUCGGGCAUCGUCCUCACCGGGGACUCUCACACCGCCCUGUGUCCUUCCUUGCCCAGCCCGGAUCGCCCCGGCCCCUCCUAGGACUGACAGCACUCCCCUCCCUGCAGGUAUCCAGCUUUUGCUCUGUGCCCCCCUCCCCGUUCCUGGUAGAAAAGCUGGUUUGGAUUCCCACCGCCGCCACUUGGAGUAGUCUGAGCUGAAUUCCUUGAGGAAAAAAAAAAAAAAAAAAAACAACAACAAAAAAAAAUAAAUAACGGCGACAAAAAAGAACAACAAAAAAAAAGAGAGAAAAAAAUUAAAAAAAAAAAAAACCACACAAGACUGGGGAGGAAGAUUUGUCGCGGACGCCACUGGAGUUUACAGUUUGUGAGAACACGGAUCCCAAAUCCUGCUCUGGAUCUCUCCGACCUCCAGACUGUCCCCUCUCCUCCCGGUCCCACUGACUGUUCUAUGGAAUUAUUGAUUUUUUUUCUUUUUUUUUUUUUGUCUUUAUUUUCUCAGUUUACAUUCCUGGUUCUGACUUUUCAUUUCAAGUAUUUCGUGCUUUUUAUAUAGAAAUCGAUGGUUUAAAAAGCUAAUCUGGUUAGUUUUUUAUAACGUCUCCUAUUGGCUUAAAACCAUAAAGCUUGUAAGUCCGCUGUGUUUAAUUCUGUUUUAAGAGAUAACUUUUUAAGGUGUGGGGUGGAGAGAGGGGGCCCUACCAGCUGUAAAAUGUGAAGCCAACGUUGUUUGUUUUUUUGGUUUUGUUUUUUUUCUUUUUGUUCUUUCUCUCUGUAAAUAAUUUUUUAAUGGCCAAAAAAAAAAAAAAAAAAAACACUUGAUUUGCAAUUUUCUAACUUGUUAAAAAAAAAAAAUAAAUAAAACAUACACACACACAAAAAAAAAAAAAAAAAAAAAAAAAAAAAAAAACCAGACAAAAGCUGUAACAUUUUGAAAGGAAUAAAGGGUGAGCCCUUUAUGGGAGAACUGGAGUCCUUCUUGUCCCGAAUGCCAGGGAAGGAAGAUCGCAGUUGCUUAUUUAACCCAACAGCUGCUGCCUUUAAUCAGAGCUCGCUGUUAAUUGACUCGCAGCAGAUGCAGAGCCCCGACCACAAAGGACUUUCCCACCCCAUCCCUUUUUUCCCCUCCCUUUUUAAAGAUUUUUUUUUUUUUUUUAAAGAUUUCUUCCCGAAAUUUAAGUAUUUAAAAGAUGAAAUUGUUGAUUUGGAGUUUGGGGGUUUUAUUGUUUAAUUUAAAUAGGGGUUUUUUUUGGGAUUUUGUGGGGGUUUUUUGUUGGUUUUUUUUGGGGUGUUUUUUUUUUUUUUUAGAGUGGGAUUAGCUCCUCUGGGUUGAAAAGAACACAAAAGGCGAGAGGCUGGGAGCGAAGAUUUCCUGAACAAAGGGAAAAAGGAGGCGACAAUGGAGCCUCUCUCCCUGCACCUGGGAUCCGGGAUGGAUUUUCCCAGGAGAUCCCUGAAAUCUGGGAUGGAUUUUCCCAAGGAGAUCCCUGCGAUCCAGGAUGGAUUUUCCCCAGGAGAUCCCCGAAAUCUGCUCCUGUCCCUGGGAUCUGGGAUGGAUUUUCCCAGGAGAUCCCUGAAAUCUGGGAUGGAUUUUCCCCAGGAGAUCCCCGAAAUCUGCUCCUG